AAUCGAUGCGCUCUAAGUAAUCACCCCCGCUCUGAAACCGUUAGCCGAUGGGUUGUCCCCGAGGUGCCGUGUGCAAAGCGCGCGUAAAAGCAGCACCGCCGAACACGUGUCCGCAUUUCUGUGGUUGCUCGCACGGGAGAGUAAAGAGCAGCAAAGAGGCGUCGACACAGGAAACCAAAAGCCCCCCCCUCUCACUUCCAAUCAACAAAAAAAAAUUAGAUAAAAAAAAUUUAAUUUUGAAAAUUUUAGCGAGCCAGCCAAUCGAAUCGACAUGAGCAGCAACGAGUGUUUCCGAUGCGGAGGCUCUGGCCACUGGGCCCGCGAGUGCCCCAAUGGAGCCGGUGGGGGCCGGGGGCCCGGCGGCCCUGUCGGACGUGGAGGCCGCGGCCGAGGAGAUGGAUGCUAUCGCUGCGGCGAAGGUGGCCAUAUAGCGCGCGAGUGCCCGUUGCCCCAAGACAGUGUCUCUUCAAACACCGCAGCAUGCUACAACUGUGGCAAGGGGGGCCACAUCGCGCGCGAGUGCCCCGAGGGCCGGCAGGACCGCGGCGGCGGACCCAGCUGCUACACGUGUGGCAAGCAGGGCCAUCUGGCCCGCGAGUGCAGCAGUGGCGGCGGUGGACCCGGAGACAACAAGUGCUACGGGUGCGGCCAGCGCGGCCACAUGCAGCGCGACUGCACCAAGGCCAGCAGAUAGAGGGAGACAGGUGGAUGCUUGCCAGGGAAGCAAUGAAGGACGCAUUUGAGUGCAGCCACUCGCUGGCUGCCAUCGUCCCAACGUGCUCGCUGCAUGCCUCACCCCCCUCUCAAAGGCAGACAUCGCUUGGCCCCAUCCAAAUCACCGAAAAAUAUUUUUCUUGUUUUACUUUUUGAUGUUUCCCGUUUAAAAAAAACAAUUGUGUUAAUUUCUGUUUGGUUUAUUUUUCUCCGCUAAAUGUUUAGUGCUCUCACCAGUGUAGAUUGAGGAACUUUGUUGCAUUGGGUUACCAUAAGUGGAAGGCAAAAGGGGAAAAAAGAAACCCACUGCCAUAGAAAUCUUGAUCGCAUGUAAAUCAGGCCUGCCCUGGAAUUUGAUUCCCAUCCUGAGGGGGUGGUGUUACACUUUGGAUUCCCCCCGCUUCGUGUAGGACUUGUCUGGGGGGGGGGGGGGUGAUUAUUCCAUGUUUGUCCAGUAAUGGUGCAUUGUUGAGACAAGAUUCCAGGGUUGUAUAUUGGCCUAGUUAACUUGCGACAUUGCUUUCUGUGCUUGUUUGGGGGGGGAGGGGGAGGUGUUUUCUUUAGGCACCACAGCCAGCUGCCCCGGCUUGAGUUUAAAAAGAAAAAAACCUGUCUCGUGAGCUGCUCACAACUGUGUUAAAAACAAAUGACUCAACAGUUUGAACAACACAUAGGUGUUGUUGGGAUUUGUUUUUAAAAUAUGUUGUUGUGGUUUCCUGCAUACUAAUAAAAAAAAGUUUAAUAUGAAAUGCUUUGUAAACUUGUUCUUCUCAAAGGGGUAGCUCACCUGGAAAAUGGCCUAUUUGUAACAUUUAUUUCCAGUACACUUUUAAAAAUAUUUAAUUCCCUGUGGUAGAUGGACUUGCCUGCUGAUAUUUGCAAGGUUUGAGGAAAAAAUCAUUGCUCACAUUUCCAGGGCGGUGAGUACUUUUCAAGGCAAAUAUUUGUAAGGGCAGUUGUCUGUUUUGGAGGGUUGGUAAAUGUUCAAUGGCCUCUUGGAAAUAUUGCACUCCAAGCAAUAACUAGGGUGGCCACUGGAUUAAAACCGUGAACUUCUGCAACAAGUACAAAGUAUACAAAAAUUGUGACCAUUUUGAAGGCACGUGGUUUGACAUUUAAUAACCAAAAAACUUGCAUAACCCACCACCAUGGUUUCACCCCCCCCUCCCCAUUCAACCGUAAAUGGCAAGCCGAAGGCAUCCAUUCGCUCAAUGUAGAAAUUGCACCACCUACAGGAUAUCCAUUACAGGAUGGUGGAUUUCUGGAACGGACAAAGAAUUGGCCACUGACCAGAACAAGGGAUUGUGCUAAGUAUUGAAAAAGAAGCCUUUGUACUUGUUCGUGGAUGUUGCAUGGAACGUUGAAAUUGUUGAAAGUAACUUAGAACUGUAGAAUAGUACAAUUCAUGUCUAGAUUAUAAGCACCCAAAACUUGUGACUAUCAAUAAAGAUGUACAAUUCUGCUUA